AUGCUGCCUGUGCGUGGAGAGGCUCUGGGGGUGGUCACCAACUGGCCCCCGUCACUGGAGGCCGCAUUGCAGCGAUGGGGCACCAUCUCCCCUAAAGCCCCCUGUCUGACUAGCCUGGACACGGCCGGGAAGGCUCUCUACGUCCUCACAUACGGGAAACUGUGGUCGCGCAGCAUCAAACUGGCCUACAACAUCCUCCACAAACUGGGCAGCAAACUGGAGCCCAUGGUGCGACCGGGGGACCGGGUGGCGCUGGUGUUCCCCAAUAAUGACCCUGUGGCCUUCAUGGUGGCCUUCUACGGCUGUCUACUGGCAGAGGUGGUACCCGUGCCAAUAGAGGUGCCCCUCAGCCGGAAGGAUGCAGGCAGUCAGCAGAUCGGCUUCCUUCUGGGCAGCUGCGGCGUCACGGUGGCUCUGACCAGUGACGCCUGCCACAAAGGACUCCCCAAGAGCGCCACGGGGGAGAUCCCUCAGUUCAAAGGAUGGCCCAAGCUGCUGUGGUUCGUGACAGAGUCAAAACAUUUGUCCAAACCUCCCAGAGACUGGUUUCCUCACAUCAAAGAUGCCAACAACGACACGGCCUACAUCGAGUACAAGUCGUGUAAGGACGGCAGUGUGCUCGGCGUCACGGUGACGAGGAUCGCACUGCUCACUCACUGUCAGGCACUGACUCAGGCCUGCAGCUACACAGAAGCGGAGACGAUCGUGAACGUGCUGGACUUCAAGAAGGACGUGGGAUUGUGGCACGGCAUCCUCACGGUACGAACCACAUGA